AUGGCUGGUCUUCCUCCCCCGCUCUCCUCCCUCUCCUCCCUCCUCUCCUCGGUGCUCCCCCCUGGUCUCGCCGUGGGGCCCUCUGGACUCUGUGAGAGCCGGCUCGGACUGUGGUGGGUGGGUCGACCGCUGGAGGCCGGGUCUCUGCUGGGGAGGAGGGGGGACACGGAGUGGACCUUCAGGUAUCAGCCUGAAAACAAAGAAGCUUUACCUGAGAGCACCUGGAUCAGGUGAGUGUGUGCAGCCAAUCAGCUGACAGCAGGAUGACUUGGGAUUCAUUUUCUGGACUUUUCUUCUUCAGUGCUGUCUCUGUUGUUUUCUGCAUCUGCCAUCGAUUGUAAAGAUCAAUCAAUCAAUCAAUCAAUCAAUCAAUCAAUCAAUCAGUCUUAAUUUGUAGGGCACUUUUCAUACAAAAAUGAUGUAGCAUAAAGUGCUUUAUACAGCAGAGGAUAGAUAUAGAUAGAUAGAUACUUUAUUUAAGGUGUUGUAGUUCAGGAUCUGAGUUAGUUCCAGUUUUUAGGAGAAAUCUUGAAUGUAAACUCUACCCCUCCAACCAGUUUUCCCCUCAGCUCCUCCUCUCCCCUCAAGCCCCGCCCACAAACAGACGCUCCUGCUCGCUCGUAUCGUUCCAGUUAAAUUCAGAUAUAAUGCAGAUAAAUACUUCAGAUCAUUACAAAUGGGGCCCAGUCAAGGUGAAAGUCAAAAGCAUUGGUGCUACUGUAGAUGCCAACAGACUACCAGCAAACACAAUGUUUGCAGGACUUCUACAACGAGGAUAAAGUGACAUAGUCCAGGACCCGAGGGAGGACAGUUUAGCGAUGGCGCUACAACACGCUACAGCAGGUCCGUUUGACAAGAAACACUUCUGUUACAGACACUUGUCUUACUUUGUUAAAGCGGUUUACCUGUCCAGCAGAAAGGUUACAGGGUCACCAAGAUCCCCAAGCGUCCCCCAUCGUUUAUGUUGACCCGGCUUUUUAGCUCUUGUCCGGUCUACCUCCGUUUUAAGCGCCCGUUAUUCCUCCAGAGUCUCCGGUAUUUACUUUGUUUUCUUGCUUGUGUCGGCAGUCGUGGCCAAAGGAGGAUUCAGACAAUUUUCCGAACUUUCUGGUUGGUUUCUACUGUCCGAUAUUGUAGCACGCUAACUUUGUUUGGGCUCCUGAACGACACGGGGGAGCAGCAUUUUCUUGUUGACUGUUUUCUUGCUGACUGUUUUCUUGCUGACUGUUUUGGUGUUGACUGUUUUCUUGCUGACUGUUUUCUUGUUGACUGUUUUGGUGUUGACUGUUUUCUUGUUGACUGUUUUCUUGCUGACUGUUUUCUUGUUGACUGUUUUGGUUUUGACUUUUUUCUUGUUGACUGUUUUUUGCUGACUGUUUUCUUGUUGACUGUUUUGGUGUUGUCUGUUUUCUUGUUGACUGAUUAUGGUUGACUGUUUUCUUGCUUGUGUCGGCAGUCGUGGCCAAAGGAGGAUUCAGACAAUUUUCCGAACUUUCUGGUUGGUUUCUACUGUCCGAUAUUGUAGCACGCUAACUUUGUUUGGGCUCCUGAACGACACGGGGGAGCAGCGUCUGCCUCACAACCAAUCAGGUUAGAGGAGGUGGAGAACGGCUUUGUUUACAGUCAGAAAGAGCGGACCGCUCAAAAAUGUUCAAAUGUUGACGACACAGACAUAAGAGAACACAGAGAUAUCGAUAUAUUACCAAAUAAUCAAUAACUAAUAACUAUUGACUGAUAUUAGAAGAUUUUUUGUUUAUAAACAAAAUAAAAAGAUGCUUCUUUAAGGUUUUCCUGCCGACUCCACCUUUAAGAAAUAUUAAAUAAAAUGAAAUAAAAACAGUAUGAUCGAUCCUGUCAUUAAAACUAGAAAGAGAUAAAUGCUAAAACACUUGAGGUCAAUGAUAUAAAAUUUAGUUCAAAGUAAAACUAAAAAGGUAUGUUUUCAGUUUGGAUUUAAAAUCAAUAAGAUCAGUUUCAGUCCUCAGGCGUAGGUCGCUGUAGGGAUGACCACUGACAUAUAGAGGCGUAGCUUUGUUGCCGUGGUGAUGGAUUUUGACGACCAGAUGUUCCGGAGUCGUUGGAGGACUCCUGCAGCUUUGCCAGUUUUGAACACGUUUUGAUGGUAUUGGACUAAAAAAUCCAGAAAAAAAUCAAAUUAAAACACAGAAAAUAUUUUUGUGUGUUAAUGAACGGACGACAGUAAAGGCAAAAAAAACUUUAUGAUCCCCGACUGAGGAAGAUCUUCACCCUCCUCCUCCUCCUCCUCGUGUGUGUGUGUGUGUGUGUUUUUUCCCUCAGGUUUGCCUGCCAGGUGCAGAGUAGCGCCCUGCAGAACGUGACAGUGCAGUGUGUCUGUGGAGAGGUGUGUGUGUGCGGGUGUUUGGAUGUGUGUUUGUUUGUGUGUCGGGACAUCCAGCCAGGAACAGAGCUGCUGGUGGACAGAAACACGAGAGGAAGAAGACAGAGGACGCACCAGACCAACGCACAGGACCCUGCAGGUAUCGAUAAACACCAAAAUACUGAGUUGACACACAGAUCCUUUUGUAGGCGGGUCCAAAUAUGGAAAAAAAACACCUAACCGAGGGUCAAAGUAAAGCAUAUUUGCUCCUGACGAUUGAUUUUACAGCCCUUUUUGUGAACAGGUUACUGUGAGGAGCAGAAGAAAGAGGAGGAGGAGGGGGAGGAGGAGGAGGAGGAGGAGACAGAGGUCAAACAGCAGGGGCACAGACAGGAGGAGAAGGAGGCAGAACCACCUGAGGGCAUCGGGAUGAUCAACCUGGGCCCAGACAGGAGGAAGAGGAAGAGGAAGAGGAGAGCAGUUCACACCUGCAGACAGAGGAUCAGAAAUAUUGGUGAUGAUACAGGUGUGACACCUGAGGACAGCCCACACUGUGUCCCUGCACUGGACUCACAGUCUGACAGUACACCUGCACCUCCCCCUCUCCCUCUUCCACCUGUUCGCUGCAGCUCCCGCCUGGCUGUUAAACCGCGACGUGUUCACUGCCUCAAUAACUGUGGGAAAAAACUCACUGACCUGCUUGAACCCCCCACACAGACAGAGGGACAGCUGGAGCCCACCGCAGACAGGGAUGUGUCUACAGAGGUGCCUGACCUGGACACUGAAGGGGCGGGGCUUACCUGUCCAACCGCAGGUGUUAGAGAUAGGAGGUACAGGUGCUCCUUCUGUGGGAAAAAGUUCCUUCAGAUUGGACACCUAAAAAAACAUCAGUUCAGCCACACCGCCGUGAAACCGUUCACCUGUGAGGAGUGUGGGCGGAGCUACACGUCUGCAGAGAGCUUCAGGGCCCACCAGGUACGAGCUCCAGAGUGCAAACAUUCAGGUUCAAGUCUCUUUGAGAUCAGAGAGAGAAUGAGACAGUGACCUGGACCGGACUCUGACCUGCCUCAGGUACUGGGGACUUGACUUGGUUACUGUUCUGGAAACUUGGACUUGUCUUAGACUCGACCGAAUGAGGUUUCCUCUUAGAUGACUUGAUCCCCACUCUGACUUGGACCAAGGUGGAAGGGACCUGACUUGAAUUCUGGGACUUUCCUUGGACUUCACUUUUUUUGGGUUCCGGUGGCUUGGACUUGAAGUCAUCCUAGAUUCUCUCUGGUGACAUGGACUUGGAGUCAAAUCAAAGUCGUCACAAUUUAGAUUUUUCUUUUACAACCGGACUUGACCUCGACUCCUCUUUGGUGUUUCGGACUUGACUCUGUCUUGGACUAAGGUACCGGGGAUCCGACUGAGACUUAACUUGGGUUCUUCUCUUGUGACUUGGACUCAACUUUAAGGACUUUGAUGAUUUGACAACUUAAAGAUGUUCAAUUCUUCUCCACCGUGAUCCUGAUCUGAGGCACCGAGUGAAGCAACAAUCAACACAGAGAGAUAAAAGCAAGACACACACACUCUGUCUCCGUUAAAGGGAUAUUCGGCCUUCAAAUUAAUUUGGGGUCAAACACACCGUAACACCGAGUUAGACCCCCCCCUUACUUGGGCCGCUUAUUUGUGUCGUAGCCCCGCCCAACAGAGAUGCAUGAAGAAGUGCGAGGAAAAGAAGAGAGGAGGGGGCGAGCGAGGAAAUUUGACAGAGGAGACAUUUUUAUUAAGGCUGAUUCUUUUCAUGAGUGAAAGGAGAAAAUAAAUCUGUUUAUUUGUGUCCCACUGAUCCAUCAUAACAGACAUGAAGACUGUCACCUUAAAGGUCAAAAAAAUGUAAUAUGUAAAACUAGGUUAGGUUAGGAUCAUUUCUUUAUCAUUUCCAUGAAGUAAUAAUCACCAUAUUGAUCAUUUUACAGACGCGGUAGUUCUUCUGUCUUAGCGUCUCGGUCUGAUUGUAUUUCCAUGAAGUAAUGACCAUAAAUGUUCUUCCUUGAGCUGCGGCACCCCGCUGUAGUCUGUAAUGGACUGGCCUGAGGUCUCUCUACAAACAAGCGUCUGCUGGAAGAGAGUAGGUGAGUUGUGUUUAGUCUCUUUGCUAAAGAAAUGAGUCAAAGUUAAAAAGAUGUUUGGUGUCUAGUACUAUGGCAGUGACCCUAUAUGUACUAACCUCAGUAGAACAUGGUGUAGUUCCAUUCAGUAUCAGAACCUCAUUGGAAAAUUAUCUGAUUUAACUUUACUGUGCUCUUGUUCAAAUAUAUUAACUCAACAGCACAUAAAUCCAUACCUGUUAACAAAAUCAUGAUUUUAUUGAUAAUUCGGCUCAAUAAAAACACCUUUACCUUUUCAUUUUACUACAGUAGAAGUUUAUUGGCCCAGCUUAUAGACUACAGAAGUGGAGAAACGCCCCCGCUUAAGUUUAUGUUUUCUUAGGAGUUAGAACAAUUCUGAAUAUAGUACUAUGGCUGUGACCCUCUAUGUCCUGUUGAUGAAGUUAGGUGCUGUUCUGAUCAUUAUUUGUGGCUAUAGAGUGGCGUUUUGGUUGAGGGCGUGUCUCUCUGUAUUUCUAUCCUGCGGUCGUUACUAAAGUUGGUAUAACUAGAGAAGCAAGCGGUCGACAACAUUCAUCUCUGGAGGGGGGGUCUAACUCGGUGUUACAGUGUGUUUGACUCUAAAUUAAUUUUACGCCAGAAUAUCCCUUUAAAUCCCCCCGUUCUGACUACACACUCUCUGUCUCUGUGAUGAUGACACCUCUCAUGUCCAAUGUUGACAUCAUUACUGCAGAUGAAUCACCGAGGAGAGCGCCCUUUCUCCUGCCCUCACUGUGAGAAGACAUACGGCCUGAAACGGGACCUGAAGGAGCACUUGGUGCUCCACACGGGGGAGAAACCGUACGUUUGUGAGCACUGUGGGAAGGCCUUUGCACGUCGCCCUUCUCUACGCAUCCACCGCCUCCUGCACUGCGGCAGUGUGACAUACUCUCAGACCCCAAAGGUAGGGGGGUCCAGACCAGACUAAUGGUGUUAAAUUACUCUGGAGGUGAAAUUCGGAUGUUAGCAGCAAUGUUAGCCCUGGUUCUGUUUACUCGCAGACGACCUAUGAAAGUACUUCUCACAGCAGCUCGGGCUUGAUAGUCAAAAGAAACUGAAAUCAUAGAUAAGUUCAAAUCUCAGUGUCCAUGGAAACCAGACUGGGGUCCUCAAGCCCAACAGAACAAACAAGUAGGGCUGUACGAUAUUGGAAAAAAAACGAACGUCAAUUUUUUUCAACCCUGUGAUGUAUAUUUUAAAAAAUUACAGGAAUUUUCCUCAGAUGAGCUGAAUCUGAGUUUCUGCUGAAAUCUUGAGGACAGUUAACCUGCUCUGAUCUUCCCUCUUUUAGUGAAUGUUAGUAGAAUAACUUCUGUCUGUCUCAGAGAUCUUUUUAGUUUUGUUGUUCUGGGAUGUUACCGUGGAAACAGAUGAACACUGAACACGUGUUUUAGUCGACAUCAUCUUUCUUGUAACUGAGAUAAUUCCCGAUAAGUGACGUUGUUUUUCUUUUUGUCUUCAUCUUCGGUUGUUUUCUUUUGUCCGUUUCUCAUUUUUCAAUCAUUGUUGUUGUUACCGGUGUUGUGCCGAGAAUUGCGUCCACCUCGCAGAAACGCGCACCACUUAUACAAUUUCAAACCCAUACAGUUCUUAUCUGUGGGGAUAAACAGCGAUGAAUAAUCUUCUGAAAGUAAUUCUCGGCAGACACGCGUUCCUCGGCACAACACCGGCAGCGCCAGCGAUUCGCUCCAUGUGCAGGGGCGUGGUUUCCCCCUCUCUGAUUUUGAUUGACGGCUGGCAGGAUAGUCUGAUUGGCAACUGAGUAAAGAACGAAUGUGAUGAAUGUGACAGCUACCGUUGGAAUUAGACGAGUUCCUUCGCCUCCUUCAUCGCAGGCUCUGAAUGUGACGAUCGCGCACACGUACAUCACGAUGACGAUGCUCAAACGAUAUAUCGUGCAGCCCUACAACCAAGUCACGAUUGACUAGGAGAGGUGGUCUCUGCUCGCUUCCUGUCAAAAGUCUGGAGCGGUUUGUUGGAGUCGACCCACAAGUUUUUUUUGUUCUUGAUGAACUAGCUAGUGUUUUUUAGCAUCUUGAAGCUGGUGUUUCGGUUUAAACGGGGACCUGGCCUACUUUUAGCCACAAGCAUCUUUUGUAAAUGCUUUUAUUUUCAGUCAAGAGAUAUCUGGGGAUCAUAACUAGGAUUAUUGUGAGUAUUAUUCUGUCUUUUGUCACCACUUUGAGGGUUAGACAUGUUGAAGUUUUUAUUCCACCAUGGUGUCCAGUUUAACAGCAGGUUUUUAAAAGCACAGUCUUGUUUCUUCUUCCCUCAGGUUAAGUGUCCGCUCUGCCCCAAGCUGCUGGCCAACGCCGGCUCCCUGAGGAACCACAUGAAGCUGCACACAGGGGAGAAACCACACACCUGUCAGCACUGUGGGAAAAGCUUCAGUCAGAAAGGUAACCUUUGAGUCCUGAUCCUCAAGCUGCUCUGAGCUCAUUCACAAACAGGUUUGUUCAGUUUGAAGCUGCUGUAGGGUGUGCUGGCCUGCUGACUGUCCACUGAAGAGAGCAGUCAUUCAAACCGGGGUAUGUCUGUGUCGCAGGAAACCUGGAGUCUCACCUGAGGAUCCACAGCGGGGAGAAACCUUACACAUGCUCUGAAUGUGAUCAGAGUUUUUCUCAGAAACCAGAUCUUCGCCGUCACAUGUUCUCUCACACAGGGGGGGGCUUUCUGUGCAGCUACUGUGGAAAAUCCCUGAGGGACCCCCACAGCCUCAAAUCCCACGAGAGACUGCACACAGGAGAGAGACCACACCGCUGCACCGUCUGCGGGAAAGGUUAGAUACUCUCACAUCCCACCGUCAGAGAGAGGAAUAAAGAAAGUCCUGCUCUCUGAUCUGAUACUGAUUCUGGGACCUCCAUGUGGGACACUUAAACCGCAGACAUGAUCAUAGGGAGAGAUAACCAAAGGAGAGGACAGAGAGAGUUUGCGUGGUUCUACACUGAGUGCACAAUUAUAGGACAACUUGUAUUUUUGAACAGCUGCUCCCGUCUCGUCAAUCCAAAAUGUUAAUAACCCUCAAACCUGAAUAUUUAAGAGAGUAAGAGAUUUUGACUGUCUUAGGAGAAUAUCUAUGUGCGCACAAUUAUUGGGCAACUACCAGUGUGUAGAAUUAGUAUGCGACUAAAUCAAAAAUGAAAAAUGUCCCAUCUUACUUGUUUAUUUGCGUUUGUUAGAGUGAGAAUAUUAAACAAACAACUUCCCAGACCUCGUUCAGAGAGGUCGACUGUUUUCCUUCACCGUAAAUCUUUAGGUUACAGUUUAGGUCAGAUGAGGGAGGGGCCACCUCAUUAAUCGUUCAUUUUUAAGUUCUAUACUGGUGAAACACACAGUGGAGGACUCUGAUGAGUGCGAUGGAGAAUUGUCCUGCAUCAAAAUCACGGUCCUCUUGAAAGAUGCAGACGUUUUCCUUCUUCUAAAAACUGGCAGUAGGUGUGGGAGUUGAUUAGAAGUCCAUCCUCAACCCGAAAAGGUCCAACUAGCUCUUUAAUAUUUUACAACUUUAAUAAGACCAGACCAUACCAGAACCCCGAACUGGAGCUCUGUACCUGUUGCUGAUCCAGCCACAGGCUCCAUCAAGAGUCCGUCUCAUCCCAUCAGUCCAUGAAACCUUUAAAAAUCUGUCUUCAGAUGUUUCUCGGUCCAGUCUCGACGUUUUAACUUGUGUGUCUUGUUCAGUGGUGGUCAGGUUUCAGUCUUCUUUACCUCGGCCGUGUCUCUGAAAAAUGAACACCUGGAACUUCUGGACACUCCAGGUAGGUUGCAGUUCUGGAAUAUUCUGGAGGAUAACAGGUUCCUGGUAUCUUCACGUUUGAGUCAAAUCUUUGUCACUUAAUUUGCGUCUUUUUUUCUCAACACGUUUCUUGAAAUCCUGUCGACUAUUUGCAUCAAAACGUUUGAUGGUUCUAUGAUCAAUAUCUUCGCAAUUUCAAGAGUGCUGCAUCCCUCUGAAAGACUUUUUACAAUUUUUGACUUUUCAGAGUCACUUAAAUCUCUUUGUUGGCCCGUUUUGCCUGAGAAGAAGGAGCUGCCUAAUAAUGAUGCACACCUUGAUAUAGGAUGUUGAUCUCUUUAGGCCCCACCCUCCCUCAUUACACAAAUGCACAUCACCUGAUAUGCUUAUAUCCAAAAAGUAUUCCAGUUUAUACAGCUCGGAGUUGGAAAAUAUGCAUAAAAAUGAUGAUAUGGUCAAAAUACCCACUUGUCUUAUAAUUGUGCACACAGUGUAUUUAUUAUCUUCAACAGUCUUUGGUGUGUUUUUUUUUUUCUUCAGGCUACACUUUGGCCACCAAACUGAGGAGACACAUCAAAUCAUCUCAUUCCACGGAGAAACCAUUCAGCUGUCACUGCGGCGCCUCCUACACCGUAAGACAGAGUCUGCUUCGACACCAGGCUCAGCACCGCACAGGAGGAGGGGCCAGAGGAGAGGGGGCGGAGUCACUGGGAGGAACUCAGGGGGUAGCAAAGGAGCCAGAGGUACAGGUAAGAGAUGGUGAGGGGACUAACAGAGGCAAGAACGACACCGGGCAAACGGCGUCCACUUCACAUUCCUGUCACCCGAAGCCGAGCAGAGGCCGACCCAGGAAGUACUCGCUGUCGGGAGAGAAGGAAGCGGUACAGGAGAAGAGGAGGAGGAGGAUGCAAGAAAGGGAGGAUAAGGGAGCCGAAAGGGGAGGAGAUGAGGAAUCCAUAGUUGAUGUCAACCAUGCUGUCGUCUAUGAGCCAUCCUCUCAGAGCUCCGCCCCCCUGCUGCCUGCCAAGGAGAGCUCACUGCACACCGGGCUGGGGCCAGAGCUGGUGGAGGUGGUGAUUUCAGAGGGGGCGGAGCAGUGCAUUGUGGUUCAUGGGCAGCAGGGGGUUGGAGAGCUGCUGUUCGUACAGGAGGUAGGGGGCGGAGUCUGCUCGGUGGCUCAGACAGUCGAGAUCAACACAGGAUGA